AUGCCUUCUAACAGUACAACAAGAUCUGGAUGGAUAGGGUCUAUCCAUUACCGGGCUCUAAUUGUACAGAUUCUGAUUAUAAUUUUUCUGUACCUUAAUGGUCUACUCCUCACAACCUUUUUCAAGAAGGACGUUUUUCGCUCUAGCAUGCGCUACAUCUUCUUUGCCUAUACCCUGAUGUCGGACUGCCUGUACCUAAUGGUGACCGAUGUUCUGCUACUCUUUUCGUAUAAUCGAAUAGUCAUGCAAAUUUGGCUUUGUCUUCUCUUUCUGAUAAUAGGGACUGCUUACAAUUUUGUAUUCCCUUUAACUCUGACAUUGAUGACUCUGGAGCGUUACGUGGCCAUCUGCAUGCCUAUGCAGCAUGGAGCCUUAUGCACCCAGCGCAACGCUUUGCACUGUAUUCUGAUAAUCAACGCUAUCAGCCUCUUACCCAUCAGCAUCUCUCUCUCCAUCUACUGGGCCUCAGUGCCUUUCAGCAGGUACACAGAGGAUUUGGUGUGCGGGGUUGAAAUGCUCAUCAUUCACAGAUGGCAGAGUCAUUACUGGUCGGCCAUAACUCAGUUAUACUUUGUCAUCAUGCUUGUCAUCGUUAUGUUUUGUUAUGUUCAAAUCUUAAAAGCAGCCAGGAAAGCAUCAGGAGAGACUAAGAAAUCCUCAGGGAAGGGACUCAGAACGGUACUCCUUCAUGGCUUUCAGCUCAUUCUCUGCCUUACUCGGCUGUGGUGCCCUUUGGUUGAAGCUGCUGUCAUGCAGAUGGAUCUUCGUUUAUUCGUUGAUUUAAGAUACGCCAAUUACGUAGUGUUUACUCUUGCCCCGAGAUGUCUAAGUUCCCUUGUUUAUGGCCUCAGGGACCACAAGUUAUUUGUAAAUCUGAAAUAUUAUGCUGUAUUUGGCUUGGCAUGUCAGCCUCCUGUAUUGACUGAUUGA